AUGCCGAUUGAGUAUAGUGUGGGUGAUAAAGUGUUUCUCAAGAUUUCUCCAUGGAAAGAGAUAUUACAAUUUGGUAAGAGAGGGAAACUAAGUCCAAGGUUCAUUGGUCCAUAUAAAGUAAUUGAAAAGAUUGGGACAGUGGCUUACAAAUUAGCCUUACCUCCAGAGUUAUCGCAGAUUCAUAAUUUCUUUCAUGCUUCAAUGCUACGGAGAUACAGGAGUGAUCCUAGUCACGUCUUACAAGUUCAACCUAUAGAGCUAAAGGAUAAUUUAUCCUAUGAAGAAGAACCAGUUACUAUUUUAGCAAAUGAGGAUAAAGAUUUAAGAAAUAAGUUAGAAAUGAUGUUUAUGGUGUUUGAAUGGUUGAAAAUGAAUUGGUGGUUGUUUUGGGGCCUUAAUGGCUGGAAGUGGUGA